UUUUUAAUAUACGCCAGAUAUUCGGGCAAUUAGCUCAGCCAUGAGCAACUCAUUUACAGAACUGAACGUAUUGUUCAUGAACGGUUCAAUGAACCGUUUAGCUUAACAUACUCCAAUUGAAACAACACAACUCAAAGCUGUUAGUUUCAUUUAUUUUUUUAUUAUUGUAAUAAAAGUUUUAUUUGUGUAAUGUCAAGUGCAUGUGAGCUGGCAAAUUGCAAUCAAUGUAAAAAAUGCGCAUAUGCAUGGUAUCGGACUUUUUCUAUCCCAGCAUCGGCGGCGUCGAGGAGCAUGUCUACAAUCUCUCGCAAAUGCUGCUGGCGCUGGGACACAAGGUUGUUGUGCUGACGCACGCCUAUGGAGACUGCACCGGCAUACGCCACAUGACCCACGGCCUGAAGGUCUACUAUCUGCCCAUUAAGGUCUGCUACAAUCAAUGCAUCCUGCCCACCGCCGUCUGUAAUGUGCCCAUGCUGCGGGCGGUGCUGCUGCGGGAACAGGUGGACGUGGUGCAUGGUCACUCUGCGUUUAGUGCCUUGGCCCAUGAGGCUUUGAUGGUGGGCGCUCUGCUAGGACUGAAGACCGUCUUCACGGACCACAGUUUGUUUGGCUUUGCCGAUCUGUCGGCUGCGCUGACAAACAAGCUACUGGAGAUCACUUUGAGCAUGGUGAACCAUGCGAUCUGCGUGUCCCACAUUGGCAAGGAGAACACGGUGCUGCGCGCUCGUGUUGCCAAGCAUCGCGUCUCGGUUAUACCCAAUGCUGUGGACACGGCUCUCUUUACGCCCGAUCCCGCACAGCGGCCGGUUAACGGAGUCAUCAAUAUUGUGGUCGCCUCGCGUCUGGUCUACCGCAAGGGCAUCGAUCUGCUGGCCGGGGUGAUACCGCGCUUUAAGAACACGCCAAACGUUAAGUUUAUCAUAGUGGGCGAUGGACCCAAACGGGAUCUGCUCGAGGAGAUACGCGAGAAGACCAACAUGCAGGAUCGUGUGGAGAUACUGGGCGCCGUGGAGCAUGCCCAGGUGCGGGAUGUGCUCGUGCGCGGCCACAUCUUUGUGAACACCUCGCUAACGGAGGCGUAUUGCAUGGCCAUUGUGGAGGCAGCCAGCUGUGGUCUGCAGGUGGUCUCCACAAGCGUGGGUGGCAUACCCGAGGUGCUGCCAAAUAGUCUGAUACUGCUCGCUGAGCCGGACAUUGAAGCUAUUUAUUCCGCCAUAUUGGUGGCCAUCGAUAGACACCGCAAGAUUGCCGCGGCCACCAGCUCAACUGCAAACGGCAACAUUCCUCAGGAGACGGCGCGUGCGAGACGUAAGCGCCUCAAGAAGUCUGUCAAAAGUGUGCCUGCCAUAAGUGGCCCAACUGCGGCAACGAGCAGCCAAACUGAGCCGGUGCUGUGCCCGCACAGAUGCAAUGAGCUGGUGGAGACGCUCUACAACUGGGAGGAUGUGGCCCAGCGCACGGUUAAAGUCUACGAUCGUGUGCUGCAGGAGCGCGCCUUCACACUCAGCGAACUGAUCUAUGCCGUUUAUCAGUGUGGCGCCUGGUUUCUCGCCUUUCUCGUCGUCGGCCACUUUACGCUGCUCCUUUUGGAGCGCUGGCGGCCACGCAGUCGCAUUGAGGUGGCUUUUGAAUCGCGCCGGCGGCCCAGCUAGUGUUACGCUAUGUAUUUAUUUAGAACUUCCAGUCCAUUGUUUGUCUUGUAGUAGCAACAAUUUUGUCAAUUAGUUAAAAUAUACCAAUGUGUUCGCAAUAACAUUUAUGCCAUGUAUAA